AUGGCGUUUUGGUGGUCCUUGCUCGUUCUAGCUUUCGCUUUCGCUGUCUGCAAAUUCCUUCUCAUGCUCAUUCCUCCUAAGGUUCCUUCCAUCGACGUUGAUGCUUCCGAUGUGUUGGAAGAUGGAAACCAAUCGCAGGAGAAUAGCUUCAUAUACGUGCCUCCGAGGGGAACUGCGCAGCAAUCAGGAAAGAAAGUUCAGUGCUAUGAGCCUGCUACCAUGAAAUAUUUGGGAUAUGUUCCUGCUUUGACACCAGAUGAGGUCAAGGAGCAAAUUGAAAAAGUACGGAAGGCACAAAAAAUGUGGGCAAAGACCAGCUUCAAGCAAAGGCGCCAGUUUUUGCGUAUACUAUUGAAGUAUAUAAUUAAACAUCAAGCACUAAUUUGCGAGAUAUCAUCACGUGAUACUGGAAAAACAAUGGUAGAUGCCUCUCUAGGAGAAAUAAUGACAACAUGUGAGAAGAUCAAUUGGCUACUGUCAGAGGGUGAAAAAUGUCUGAAACCUGAAUACAGAUCCUCUGGAAGAGCAAUGCUUCAUAAAAGAUCCAGAGUAGAAUUUCACCCCCUUGGAGUUAUUGGGGCCAUUGUGUCGUGGAACUAUCCCUUCCAUAAUAUUUUUAACCCUAUGCUAGCAGCAGUUUUUUCUGGAAAUGGCAUUGUGAUUAAGAUAUCAGAACAUGCAAGUUGGUCUGGAUGCUUUUACUUCCGGAUCAUCCAAUCGGCCCUUGCUGCCAUAGGAGCUCCAGAGGACCUUGUUGAGGUGAUAACAGGGUUUGCGGAAACAGGAGAAGCACUGGUGUCUUCUGUUGAUAAAGUCAUUUUUGUUGGAUCACCCGGGGUUGGUAAGAUGAUAAUGAAAAAUGCUGCUGAGACACUUAUACCAGUUACACUAGAGCUUGGUGGAAAAGAUGCAUUUAUUGUUUGUGAAGAUGUAGAUGUGGACCAUGUUGCUCAAAUUGCUGUCAGGGCUUUUCUUCAGUCAAGUGGGCAGAACUGUGCUGGAGCUGAACGGUUUUAUGUCCAUAGGAACAUUUAUCCAUCUUUUGUCAGCAAAAUUACCAAAAUCAUAAAAUCUGUUACAGCUGGUCCACCACUUGCUGGGAAGUAUGAUAUGGGAGCUUUAUGCAUGCAUGAGCAUUCUGAAAAGCUUGAAGGUCUUGUAAAUGACGCAUUAGACAAAGGAGCUGAAAUUGUUGCUCGUGGAAGUUUUGGACAUAUAGGUGAAGAUGCUGUUGAUCAGUAUUUUCCCCCUACUGUAAUUGUAAAUGUGAAUCACUCCAUGAGAUUGAUGCAAGAAGAGGCAUUUGGACCUAUCAUGCCAAUAAUGAAGUUUAGCUCUGAUGAAGAAGUUAUCAAGCUUGCUAAUGACUCAAAAUAUGGGCUCGGCUGCGCUGUUUUCUCAGGCAAUCAAAGUCAUGCUAGAGAGAUAGCUUCUCAUAUACAUUGUGGGGUAGCUGCAGUUAAUGAUUUUGCAUCAAAUUAUAUGUGUCAGUCGCUGCCUUUUGGGGGAGUGAAACACAGUGGAUUUGGACGAUUUGGUGGUGUUGAAGGCCUGCGAGCAUGCUGCCUUGUGAAAUCAGUUGUUGAAGAUAGAUGGUGGCCAUUCAUUAAGACAAAAAUACCUAAGCCUAUUCAGUAUCCUGUGGCAGAAAAUGGAUUUGAAUUUCAGGAGUCACUUGUUGAAGCACUAUAUGGGCUUAGCAUCUGGGAUCGUUUGCAAGCAUUGGUAACCGUUUUGAAAAUGCUUACUGAGCAGAAUAAGAAGGAUAAAUGA